AUGCGCAGGCUGAGCGUGUGCAACUCCCCCAGCGGCUCGGUGAUCCUGCUGAACGAGAGCUCCGCCUCCAGCUUUCUACCUCCCACAUCCAGCUCUAUCCGCCUGGCCGGCUGCGAAGCGGCCGAGCAGAUGCUGACGCGAUUCGUCAGCAGGUUCCCCAAGGACGGCAGGAGUAUGAUGCUCUACGGCGCCUCCGCGUCGUCCUUCCUCUACCUGGCGAAGCAGGUGGCCAGAAAGGAACCGGCGAUGGAGGUCCACUACGUGAGGAUGAGACACUUCGUCGGUCGCUCCGCGGGACAGGACAGCAAGCAAAUGCUCUCCAACCUCUUCGCCAAGGGUCAGGCGAAGGUGAAGAUGGUUUUCUUGUACCUCCUAGACAGUCUCUACGCGGGUUCUAUGUCAAUUGAGCAACUAGAGUUCGCUGGAAAGGUGAAAGAAGGACUGCCUGCUCAUCUCAAGCGCGUGCUUUCGACAAGCAACGACUGGCUUAUCGUCGUAGCGUCCGCGAGAAAGCCCUGGCUGCUACCCGAGGAAGUGCAAAACAAUUUCCAAAAGUGGGUGUACGUCGGCCUGCCCGGAUUUCAGGAGAGAAUCGAUCUUUUGAAGGCUUGCAUUGGGAAGAUGCUGUCUUCGCUUAGCGACCAAAAUUACCUCCAAUUGUCUCGAAUGACCGAAGAAUACACGUAUUCUGAGAUCGGUAAUGUCGUCGAAGAAGCUCACUUAGGCCCUUUCAAGAGGAUCGAAUCGGCCACGCACUUCGUGAAGAAGAAUGAACGUUGGCAUCCCUGUGCGUCUACGGAUACAGGGGCCGUGGAGUUGUCCUGGCACACGAUGAAACCGGCCGAGGUCAGCGAACCAAUCAUCUACGAGGACCUUCUUGAAGGCUUCGUCAAAGUCGAGCGGAAAAGGACCGACAAGUGCAUGAGAAACCUGCAGCGGAUACGAGAUACUCGAUCGCAAGGCUCCCACCUCGCAAGUGCUUCCAGAUAG